CGCCCUCCCCAUGGGCGGUGACGGUGCUCAGCUGACCCUCAGCAGCUCGGAUCCUCCAUAACUCCGCUGCAGACCCGCUGGAGGACUCGCUGCGCGCGGAGUGUGUGUGUGUGUCUGUCUGUGCGCGCGCGCGGUGUGUGUUAUGCUUCACAGGGGGAAUAAAUAACUCGGAGGUUUCGGCAGAUGGCGGCUGAGGCGCAGCCCCGCCCCCCGCAGGCCCGGAGACCCGUCCUGAUCAGCAGGAUCGACUCGCUGACCGAGAUCGUGAACAGCGCCGUCAUCAUCCCUAAAGAGGACGGAGUGAUCAGUGUCUCCCAGGACAGGACGGUGCGUGUGUGGCUGAAGAGAGACAGCGGACAGUACUGGCCCAGCAUCUACCACACCAUGCCGGCUCCCUGUUCGUGCAUGUCCUUUAACCCUGAGACACGCCGACUUUCAAUCGGGAUGGACAAUGGAGUCGUUUCUGAGUUCACCGUGGCUGAGGACUACAAUAAGAUGAUUCCGGCUCGCUCCUAUCAGGCUCAUCAGGGUGCAGUGACCGUGGUGUUGUUUGUGUUGGAGAUGGAGUGGGUUCUGAGCACUGGUCAGGAUAAAUGCUUCACCUGGCAUUGCUCAGAGAGCGGCCAUAAGUUAGGGACCUACAGGACCGCCGCCUGGGUGACUGGACUACAGUUUGAUGUGGAGACGAGACACGCGUUUGUGGGAGACCACUCGGGUCAGGUGACCAUCCUCAAACUGGAACAAGACAACUGCAGUCUGGUCACCACUUUUAAAGGCCACACGGGCAAUGUAACAGCCCUGUGCUGGGAUCCGGUCCAGAGGGUCUUAUUCUCUGGAAGUUCAGAUCAUUCCAUCAUUAUGUGGGACAUCGGGGGUCGUAAAGGCACAGCCAUCGAACUGCAGGGACACAAUGACAAGGUCCAAGGUCUGUGCUAUGCCCCACACACCCGUCAGCUCAUUUCCUGCGGUGCUGAUGGUGGAAUCGUCGUCUGGAACAUGGACGUCACACGACAAGAGACUCCUGAAUGGCUGGACAGUGACUCUUGUCAGAAAUGCGAGCAGCCGUUCUUCUGGAACUUUAAGCAGAUGUGGGACAGCAAGAAGAUCGGCCUGCGCCAGCACCACUGCAGGAAGUGCGGCCAGGCCGUGUGUGGCAAGUGCUCGUCCCAGCGCUCCACCAUCCCUCUGAUGGGCUUCGAGUUCCAGGUGCGAGUGUGUGACCAGUGCCACAAAUCCAUCACUGACGAGGAGCGAGCGCCCACUGCAACAUUCCACGACAGCAAACACACCAUCGUGUACGUUCACUACGAACCCACCAGGAGCUGGCUGCUGACCUCCGGGACCGACAGGGUCAUCAAGCUUUGGGACAUGACGCCCGUGGUAUCUUGAAGAUGACUACAGAUUGAAAGCACACGCAGCGUUGAACAAGUUUUCAGACCCUCACCAUAGGGGUGUGUGUGUGUGUGUGUGUGUGUGUGUGUGUGUGUGUGUACUGACGCAGUCAUGUACCAGUGGGUCAGUCCUCUUCAUACUGUGUAAAUAUUUAACAUUUCUUAGUGUGUUGUACCAUUUGUGAACUUUAUUAUGCACUUUCGGAUUUGACUCGUGUUGUCAUGUUUUCAAAGAAAAUGCUUGUCUUUACAUGUUGAGGGAAAAAUGUCUUAAACAAUAAAAGAAAUAAUUGAU